AUGACAGACGUAGCAAAGGAUUUAACAGCAGGAACACUAGGAGGAGCAUCACAGUUGAUAGUCGGACACCCUUUUGACACCAUCAAGGUCAAACUCCAAAGUCAACCGGUCCCACCACCCGGUCAACGCCCUAAAUAUUCAGGCGCCAUAGAUGCUGUUAAACAAACAGUAGCAGCAGAGGGACCACGAGGUCUAUACAAAGGCAUGGGUGCCCCUCUUGCUACUGUUGCUGCAUUAAAUGCAGUCCUGUUCACGGUUAGGGGUCAAAUGGAAGCCCUCUUGCGGUCUGAACCCAGGGCACCCCUAACCGUGAACCAGCAGGUGGUGGCUGGAGCCGGGGCUGGAGUUGCAGUCGCUGUUCUAGCCACCCCUACCGAGCUAAUCAAGUGCAGACUGCAGGCCCAAGGUGCAGCAGUCACCGGACCAGGGGCGGCAGUAACUGCCGCUAUAAAAUACAGCGGCCCAAUGGACGUAGCAAAGCAAGUUUUAAGAUCCGAAGGCGGCAUAAAAGGUCUUUUCAAAGGUUUAAUCCCUACAAUGGGGCGGGAAGUCCCGGGAAAUGCCGCCAUGUUUGGUGUCUACGAAGCCCUAAAACAAUACUUCGCCGGAGGAACCGACACCUCCGGCCUUGACCGUGGUUCACUGAUAGUCGCCGGAGGUUUGGCCGGAGGUGCAUUUUGGGUUUCAGUUUACCCUACGGAUGUGAUCAAGAGUGCAAUACAAAUUGAUGAUUAUAGAAACCCUAAAUAUUCGGGUUCAAUUGAUGCUUUUAAGAAGAUUGUUAAAGCGGAAGGAGUUGGAGGGUGUGAGAUCGAGUUUGGGUUGAUUUUUAAAGAGCAAGCUCAGGAGCAGAAGAAAAAUAAAGAUUCUAAUCGGCAUCCCUUCAAUACCUUUUGCAGACUUCUAAUGGCAGAUCAGUAA